UCCACUCAUUCUAAUAGCCCUCUCCUUUCUCCUAUUCCCCAAACUUCAUUUCACUCAUUCUUUCAAGAAUAUAAUUUAGUUUCUCCCCUCUUCCUCAUUCUUUGUCUCUACUUUCUCAGAUAUAGCAAAUUGCUAAAGGCUUUAAUUUUCUGAAUAAAGUUGAAGAAGAUCGAUCAAGAAUGGAGAUGGAUUCAUGUGUACCUCCAGGUUUUAGAUUUCAUCCAACAGAGGAAGAACUUGUUGGGUAUUAUCUCAAGAGAAAGAUUAAUUCCCUCAAGAUUGACCUUGAUGUAAUCACUGAUAUUGAUCUCUACAGAAUUGAGCCAUGGGACAUCGAAGAUAGGUGUAAACUGGGAUAUGAAGAACAAAACGAGUGGUAUUUUUUCAGCCACAAAGACAGGAAAUAUCCUACCGGAACAAGGACAAAUCGAGCCACAACUGCUGGAUUCUGGAAGGCAACAGGCAGAGAUAAGGCAGUGUUAUCAAAGGAGAAAAUAAUAGGAAUGAGGAAAACCUUAGUUUUCUAUAAAGGAAGAGCUCCAAAUGGAAGGAAAACUGAUUGGAUAAUGCAUGAAUAUAGGCUCCAAUCUUCUGAACAUGGUCCUCCUCAGGAAGAAGGAUGGGUGGUAUGCAAGGCAUUCAAGAAACCAACUCCAAACAAGCAGCCAAGUUUAGAAGCAUGGCAAAAUGCUUACUACAUUAGAGGAACUAACCCCACUUAUAGACCUUCAUCACUAUCAGAGAUCACAGGUCCAAUGCAUCAUCAGCCUCUCAAUAUUAAUGCAUUCAACCAAACAACAAAUUGCCAUCAAUUAUUCAAUCCAUUUCAUGAUGAUCCUCAAAAUAUGGUCAUUAACAAUUCAAGCCAAAAUUUCUUUGAGAAUCAACUAGUUGAACUCCCACAGCUUGAUAGCCCUACCAUUUCAACAAGUUUGUGUACAAAAGAUAAUAAAAGCCACGGUGAACAGAGUUACACAACCAAUUACAAUGAAGAUGAUCGCGAAGAAGAGAAGCAUAGUAAUGGGAUUAAUAAUAGCCAAAUUUAUGGUGACUGGAAGAACUUUGACACAUUGAUUGAGCCACAUUCUCAUAUAAGCCAUUUGCUUGAGUGCUUCCCAGAUUUAUAGCUUCCAAGAAGAUGGUAUAUAUUAUGAAAAUCUUUUAACAAUAAUAGAUUGAAUUUUUUGGUUUCUAGUAAAGAACAGCGUCAAGGAAAAAGAAAAAAUUGUGGAAGCGGAAAAAAUGCAGCUGCAAGGCAUAUGGCCUUAUUAGAAUUCAAAAAUUGUUCAUCUUUCAUUUAACUGUUUUAUGAUGUUAACUGUGAAUUGAUGUUAUUAUGUAUCUACUGAUCAAAGGAGCUUCUUUUUAUUUAUUUAUUCUGUUAUUAUGU